ACACAGAAAGUAUUAAUGUAGACUUUCUUCUUGAAUGACAUCAUAAAGAGAUCUGUAAAUCCUGUCCAGUUUAACGUGACAUUCAGGAUCAGAAACAAUGACAUAACACCUGAGAAUUCUUCUGCUGUAAUUGGUCAGUUUGAGAAUUCAUUAAAGUCCGGACUUGGAGAGUAUGAAACAGUUGAUUUAUCUGUAACCACAGAACAAUCAUGUGACAUGGGGCAGGUCCUUAGUAACGGAAGAUGUGUGAACUGUGGCCUCGGAUAUUUCCAUAAUUCCACAGCUGGUCUGUGUGAACAGUGUCCACAAGGAAGUUACAGUGAUCAAGAGAAGCAGACAACAUGCAGGUCAUGUGAUCUAGGGAAGACUACUUUAACAGCUGGUUCUGUUGCAGGAAAACAGUGUUACUAUAUUUGUGAGCCUGGCUAUUACCUCCUGAAUACAGAGUGUGAGGUGUGUGAAGUGGGCUUCUACCAGGAUCAGCCCGGGUCUACUUCUUGCAAACCUUGCCCAUUGGGUCACACUACACAAAGUAGUCCGGCUACAUCAAUAGACCAUUGUGAUUUUACGUGCAAUAUUUUGGGUAUGGAGAUGUCAGUUGAUGGGAGUUGUGUCCCCUGUCCAGUAGGCAUGUACAAAGAUGAUAGGUCAGAUGUCACAUGUCAGCCAUGUCCCUAUGGCUACACUACACAGUCCACAGGAGCCAAGAAUUCACAAGAUUGUUCACUUGUAAAAUGCAAGACAGGUGAAAGAAGAACUGACAGCAACACAUGCCAGUUAUGUCCCUUUGGAACUUACCAGAACAUUGAAGACAGAGACUGUUGUACAAGGUGCAGUUUUGGUGAGACAACAUCUAGAGAGGGGUCAGUAUCCAGGUCAGAGUGUAUCACCAUGGAAACAGAAUUUGACCCUUGUGACCUUGGCUUACAUGGAUGCGGGGAGGUCAAAGGAGUGUGUUCAGGCAUAGAUCCAUCUUACACUUGCCAGUGCUGUAGCGGAUCCACUUUCCAGAAUGGGGUUUGUGUCGACAACUGUGAAGGUGUAUGUGAGAAUGGUGUUUGUAGUAAAGAUACAGAAGGAAAUCCAAAGUGCCGUUGCCUUGAGGGUUAUAAAGGGUUACGAUGUGAACAGGAAACUGAUCCUGGUCUGGGCACCGGUGCAGUAGCUGGUAUAGGGGUAACAUGUGUGGCUGCUCUCCUUGUCAUUGUUGCCUGUAUCUUCCUGUGUUUCAGAAGACAGCUGAACAAGAAUGGUGAGAGUUACUUCCCUGUACAUCGUAGUGAUCUCCGCUCAAGUUUCAGAGCGUUUGCUCUCGUCAUGAACCCAAUGCGAUUUGAGGGAAGGAGUACCAGGUCAGCACAGUCUGCCCCAUCUGCACUUGGAAACAUCCAAAUCCCAAGACCUCAGUGGAGAGAAGUUGAAAAUAACAGUAAUAGUAGUGGACAAACAAAUGAUAGUUAUUUCUAAUGAAGUGCUGGAAAUUCUGUCCUAUGUUAAGUUUUCUUGCCAGUGAAGAUAAAGUGUGACCUAGCUUACAGACCUAAAUAUACAUUUAGGUGGAAAGUAUUUCACAGGGGGUAAUUGUUGAGGAAAAAAUGAUCAAAGUAAUAGCAGCUUACCUGAUAAUAAGGACUGUGUCUUGAUAUUACAUUUAACUGCUUGAAAAUUAAAAUGUCGUCAUAUCAGAUGUUACAUGAUCAUUCUGGAGAAAGAUAUUUGCAUCAUCGAAGGUGUGGUAGAAGUGGUAAUAAUUCUUGUACAGAGGCAUAAAAAAUAAAUGUUGGUGGUAAUUUAUUAUAGAGGGAAGUAAUAAGAUGAGAAAACAUGUUGGAAUAGUGUUGGAUAGAUAGUAUGCAAGAAGCAUUUAAGUUGCCAGAACUCGAUAUUUCAUUCAAUCUAACCUUAUUAUGGCUUGCUUUAGUAGUACUUCUGUCCUUUAUAAACAGUAUCUGACGAUUCCAGUUAGUACUUAUUUAGUGUUUAUACUGACGGGUCAUUUUAAGGCCUCUGCAGCUAAGUAGUUUAGGUCGCUGACUUUCAAUCUCGUGCCCCUCACCGAAUUGGUUUUGAAUUCAUGUCAUCAUAAAAGGCUAUUUACAUCUGACAGAAAUGUUUAUUCCUUAGAACCUCCUGUUUUAUAUGUUUUAUAGGGGUUCUGCCAUUCCUGUAGAAAAUAUAUAAAUUAAAAUCAGGCAAUAACCAAAGACAUAUCUUGGGACACAAUCAGUGUGCUUGGUUUCAGUGUUCAUUUCUUAUGUCAAUAACAUGCAUCAGGUUUCUAUUCUUUGGGUGGAGAACAUCCAGUGUUCAUGUCAUUUUGAAACAUAUCAUGUGUCAUAUUUUAGUCUUUCUUCGUCUAUAACACUUAUAUCUUGUAUGGUGUACAUAUAUGACCCGAUUUAUGGAUAUGAUAUUACUAUAUUGAAUGUAUGUAAUUUUAUUGCUGUAUAUAAUGAGUUGUUACUGUUAUAGUUGGAUACUGUGGUAAUUUAGUACUUUUCAUAAAAAUAUUUCUGAUUUGCAAAUGUAUGUGUUUAGUCAGAAUUAAGAUUAAUUUUCAGUUAAAAGUUACAUACGCUUCUGAUUACGGUAAUUUCAAUACAUUUUAUAUUUUCAAACAAGUGUUUCACACUGCCAAGGUCUGUCUGAUGCUGUAAAAGAAAAAGAUCAUUGAAUUACCAGAAACAAUUACACAUUU